AUGUGGAGAGUGGCGGCUACCGCUGCUUCGGCCCCGGCCCGGCAAGCCCUCUGCCGUGCCCUGCCGCCGAGACGGCGGGCUGUGAGCGUGGCCGUUUCCCCUGCCGCUGGCCUGGCGGACGAGCGAGUGGAGACACGGGUGGCGGGGCUGAGCCCGGGGCAGCCGGUGACUCUGCGGGCUGUGGCGGCCAAUGAGCGCGGCUGCCUCUUCGAGUCGUGCGCGCACUACCGGGCGGACGGCCGCGGCCAGCUGCACCUAGGCACAGACGCCUCGCACGGCGGGAGCUACACCGGCGUGGAGCCCAUGGGGCUCUUCUGGAGCCUUGCCCCCGCCGGCAUGGAGAGGCCGUACCAGCGGCUCGUUCCCCGAAGCACCGGCGCUCCGAUGAAGGUGGAGAUGUUGGUCCACCAGGGUCACAGCCUGCCCGGCGCCAUCCCGGGGCCGGUGGUGGCCAAGGCUGAGGUGGAGAGGUGGUUUACCGCCCCCGGCGUGCGGAGGAUCCGGCUGAAGGAGGGAGGCGUAAGGGGCUCUCUCUUCCUGCCGCCGGGGGAUGGCCCCUUUCCAGGAGUGAUUGACAUGUACGGUGAUGAAGGAGGUUUGAUAGAAUUUAGAUCCAGUCUUCUGGCCACCCAUGGUUUUGCUGCUCUUUCUCUGCCAUAUUUUGACUUCGAAGAUUUGCCUAAAGUCAUGAAAGAACUCAAACUUGAGUACUUUGAAGAGGCAGCUAGAUUCCUACAGCGUCAUCCAAAGGUGAAGGGACCAGGAGUUGGAGUGAUUGGGACUGGCAAAGGAGCUGAAUUAGCACUCUCCAUGAUCACUUUCCUGCCAGAAGUCGUAGCUGCUGUCUCUAUCUCUGCCUGUAGUUCAAACACUAUUGCAGACCUCCAUUAUGGUGAGAUGACUCUGCCUGGGCUUCGUUUUGAUAUGAAUAAGGUCAGUGUUUCUGACACUGGUGUCUUCGACAUUUUUGAUGCUCUGGACGACCCAACGAACCCUGCUAAUUCUUCUUGCAUGAUCCCCAUUGAGAAAGCAGAAGGUCACUUUCUCUUAGUGGUAGGGGAAGAUGACCGUAUGUGGAAGAGCUCCUUAUAUGCUGAGCUGGCAAUCAGGCGUCUGCGCCAGCAUGGGAAAGAAAACUUUGAACUCUUGAGUUAUCCAGGAGCAGGUCACCGAAUUGAUCCUCCUUCUACUCCGUUUUGUCAGGUAGCUAUGGAUCGUGUUCUAGGGGUACCUGUUCUGGGAGGUGGAGAAAGCAAAGCACAUGCCCAUGCACAGGAACACUCCUGGGGGAAGAUUCAGGAGUUUCUGCACUUGCAUUUGGGAUGA